AGAAGGAGGAAAAAGAGCAGAAAGAGAUUACGAUGGGUACAGAUCCUGUUAUAUUAUAUGUUGUUUACGGUGGAAAGUGGACCACAGAUCACGAAGGGCAUUAUGUUUACAUUUCAAAUUCACCGGCUUGAAAAAAAUAUUCCACCCUUUUCCACCGAUUCAAGUGAAACACUACAUGUAUUUCUUUUGGAAUUAAAGCAAAACUUUACAGCCUUGCAUGUUGAGAUGGUUCCAGUUGAACGUGAAGAAAAAGAACAAGAAGAGCAAAUACAAGAAGUCCAAGAAGAACUCUUGGGAUUGCAACUAGCAAUUGACCCCUUCGUUCAUCUGAUUGAUUGUGUCCAGGAUGACUUCUUCAAUUGUAUGAUUGUUGCUGAUCAAGAAUCUAAGCACGAUCAUGAAGGUAUUGUUUUUCAGGAAAAUGCUGGGAGGUGUGAUCAAAAUCCUCAAUUCGUUGAGUCUAAUGCCACUCAUGUGAAGAGCCCAUCAACUGCUCAAGUGGAUGAAGAUGAUUAUAUGGGUGGUGAUAAUGAUGAGUUAAAUGAGGACGAGUGCUUUAUUCGGAGGGAUGAUCCUUCUUUUGAUACGUCUUUUAGUAAUGAGGUAGACGCGACAUUGGAUGGUGGCUUUGAAGAUGGGUCGGAUUUGGCCAUCGGACUUGAGUUUGCUGACAAAAGAGAGUUGAAGAAGAUGAUGACUGAUGUUUCCAUACAAGGACAUUUUGAAACAAAGACUGUGAAGAGCGACAAGAAGAGCUUGGAAUAUGAGAUUUACGAAUUCGUUCUUGCCGUUCUGUUCUUUCCUUUCUCUGUUCUGUUCUGUUCUAUUCUGUUUCCUGCCCUGUUGAUCGCCGGAACUGGGAACACCGGCGGGAGGCUCCCUGCUCUGUACGCUGUUCCUCCGCUCGGGUUCUGUUCGCUGCUGGUCGCUGAAGGUUGCUGCUCCGGCCAUGUUGCUUCAUCGGGUCCGCUGAUAGGAAUCAAGGAUUGGAUGAGGAGCAGCCUGGAGAACAGUGAAACGUAUCACAUCACUUGUAAUUUGAGGAAGCGUUUUCCAAAGAUGUGCAAAAAGGGGUUGGAUAAACUUUUUGAGGACCUUGCAAAAGCAUACACCAAACGGUCAUUCAAGAGGUUGUAUGGCGACUUGAAAGCAAGGUACCCAACUGCUGGCAAUUACAUUGACAAGAUCCCAAAGAAAAGAUGGGCCAAGGCGUAUUUUGAAAUAAACCGGUACCAAAUCAUGACGACAAAUGGCGCCGAAUCAAUCAAUAGCGUGUUGAGGGAGGACAGAGAACUUCCUAUUGUUGCACUUUUAAAAGCAAUCCAGAACAUGACUUCAAGAUGGCGUGGAAAAAGGCAACAAAAGUUAAGGUCUCUCGAUGAGUCAAAUCCCCCCGUUACCCCAGCUGUUGAAGCUGAAAUGCGCAAUAGAUUCAACACUGCCUUGCGCUUGGAGUGUCAUCAGUUGAAUCAAAACGAGUUUGAAGUCAAGGGAGUGCACUCUGACCAUGUCGUUCACCUUUCAAAUAAAACUUGCACCUGUCAAGUGUUUGACAAGGAUAAGAUACCUUGCGUGCAUGCACUCGCUUGUUCAGAACGCACAUGCAUAGAUUGUUAUAGCAUGUGUAGUAAAUUCUACACAAAGGAAUACAUGUAUAUCGCAUACGCGGAAACAAUCUACCCCGUGCCACAUGAAGAUGACUAGGAUGCCGAUGGAAUGGAGCUCAUAGAAGUCAAACCCCCUACAUUGAACAAGCAAAGAGGAAGGCCAACAAAGAAGAGAUUUUCAUCAGACGACGAGGCACGAAAAAAAUAUAAAUUGACAUGUUCUGGUUGCCAAGGAAAAGGGCAUACAGUACGGACAUGCGCAAAGAGACCUCGUAAAGACACAUCUAUGACGAAUGACUUGAAUAAUACUGAUUGCAUUUA